GGGGGGCUUCCGGUGGAGCCGUGAGGGGAGGGAGGCGGCAAUGGCGGAGAUUCCGUUCACGCGGGUGGUGUCGGUGACCAGCGCGGAUCCGCGUCACCCGGCGGAGAAUCUGCUGAGGCCCGAAGAUGGCGGGAAAUGGAGGGGAGCGGCGGCGGGGGAGAAACAGCUGAGUGUGGUGCUGGAGCCUGUCCCAUCUCACCUGUCCAUAUCUCACCUGUCCAUGUCUCACCUGUCCCACCUGUCCCAGGUGCUCCUCCCCAGUUCUGCUCUGAUGUCACCCAGUGAGAGCCGGGCGGGGGCGGGGCCAGGCCGGGUGCGGCUCUUUGGGCCUCAGGCAUUGGUCAAGCGUCCGGCCACGCCCACGGCCACGCCCACGGCCACGCCCACGGCCAGGUACGACCGGCUGCAGGUGGUGCUGAGCCAGCCCUACUGCCAGAGCCGCCCCUACGGCCUGGCCUUCAUCAGAGCGUUCGCUGCGCCCGAGGAGGGAGAGGAACCGCCCCCGGCGCCGGUUCGCCGCCUGGGUCCGUUCACUCUGCGCGAGGAGGGGGAGGGGAGCCCCCGGCGCCCCCCUGGGGCGCUGUUCUACCGACGCCCCGGCCCCAAUGCAGGUGAGGCCCCGCCCCUUCGGCCCCGCCCCUUCAGCCCCUCCCCAAUGCAAGCCCCAAAGCCCCCUCCGGGCCCUAGCUACACCUGGCCGCCUCGGCAGGAAAGCAACAGGGAGCAGAAAUCCGGAACCCCCCACAAAACCCGGGACCCCCCAGAAAAACCGGGACCCCCCCAGAAAAACCCGGGACCCCCCCAAAAACCAAACCCCGAUUCGGGGGGUCCCAUUUUGGGGGGGGUGGUGCUGGCGCUGAGCGGGUUCCAGAACCCUCUGCGGGGUCACCUGAGGGCGGCGGCCACGGCCAUGGGGGCGGAGUAUCGGCCCGACUGGACACCUGAGUGCACGCACCUGGUCCACGCCCAUUUUCGGGCCAACCCCGCCCGUUUUGGCGUGGCCACGCCCCUUUGGGCGGCGGCCACGCCCACUGUGGGUCCCUGUGGGGUGCGCCCUUCCCAGGCGCGCCUUGCCCCAGGCGGGGGUCGUGGUGGGCGCCAGGUGGAUCUGGGAGUGCCAGAAACGGGGCAGGAGGGCGGGUACCUCCUGGAUGGCUCCGCCUCCUCUGACAGCGAGGGGGAGGAGCCUGAGGAGGCCCCGCCCCCUUCAUGCCCUUCCCCUAAGGUGGAAAAGGGGGCGGGGCCUCCUCAGACGGACAAACCAGAGACUCCGCCCCCUGCGGCGCCGGCCACGCCCCCUGAGUCUGCUGACAGCGAGGACCAAUCAGAGGAGUGGGCGUGUCCUCCCCGUUCCAGCACCGACCCCUUUGGCGGCUCCACCGAGGAGAACAGCGAGGAUGAUGAUGAUGAUGAGGAGGAGGGGGCGGGGCCGCCCAUCCCCCCCCUGCCCGAUUUUUUUGAGGACAAAAAAUUCUUUUUGCACGGAGAGUUCCCCGAGGGGGAGGGGCGGCGGCUGCGGCGCCUCGUGGUGGCGUUCGGGGGCUCCCUGGCUCCCUACAUGGACGAAUCGGUGACCCACGUGGUGACGUCACAGGAUUGGGACCCCGCCUUCGAAGAGGCGCUGGAGCUCCGCCCCUCGCUGGUGUUCGUGCGUCCCCAUUGGCUGCUGCUCUGCGGGGAGCGGCAACGGCCAAUCCCAGCCCAGCCCUACCUGGUGACGUCAUCAGCGCGGCAGUGAUGUCAUCGGCGGGGACACGCCCCCUCCCUUAAGCCACGCCCCUUUUUGUUUAGGUGGAAUAAAGCGGAUUU